GUCAUGUGACAGGAGGAGUGCAGGGUUUACUUGAAACCUGUCAGUUUGCAGAGUGCUGCGGGUGAGAGCGCAGUGCGUGGACCUGGCCAGGGAUCAGCACCGUUUAGCUCAUGAUUAUUAUGCUGAUUUGUUCAUGCAUGUGACUGAAGACUUUGCAUGAACCCAUGCCGGGUGUUUUGCUGGGCUUCCCUUCGGAUACGAACUUUUCAGACCGAAUAUGGAGUGCACGGGUUCACACACGGUCAGCUCACCUCGUGAUGCGUCCUCGUUGGAGGGGAAAAUUACAUUCGGCUCGGUGUGGGAAGAAAACAGUAACAGAGAAAGUGGCAUUUCUCAGAUGGGAAAGUCACUGAGAACUGACAGCGGGAUGCCCCACGUGUCACGUGUCGCCCCCGUGACGUCACCCACAUCCGCCUCGCAGCGCGUGAAUCUGCCCGGUGUUAUGGACGCAGAGGGGAGAGUGGAUGAGUCCAGACUGCGGAUGUACAUAUUUAAAAAUGGCGGUGUGUCUCCAGAUGAGCGAGGCCUGGUGUGGCGCUUCUUAUUUGGAAUGUACCCGUGCAGCACUACAACUCUGGAGCGCACCCUGUUGCUGGAAGAGAUGUCAGUACGUUACAGUGUUAUGAAAAGGAAGUGGCAAUGUCUGCUUCCUGGAGCUGUUCGUCUUCGUCUUAAUGGCACUGAUGCUGAGCUGGUAGCAGCAGUGCAGCAUUUUGAGCAGAGACAGGAGAGAGAAAGAGAAAUACAGCAGUACCAGUACAAGUCAAAAGAGGUCAGGGAAAGGAUUUCUUUCCUGGAGCUUCAGGCACAGGUCAUAUUUGAACGGGUGACUUUUGACCUCGAAGAACUUCAGGAGGCUAUACGCAUCAUUGACAAAGAUGUCCCGAGAACUGAUAGAGGCCUGGCCUACUACAAGGACGAAGGCCUGGGUAAUCUAUUGGUGCUGAGAGAUAUCCUGACCACCUAUGCUGCUUUCCACCCAGAGGUCAGUUAUGCCCAGGGUAUGAAUGAUCUGUGCAGUCGGUUCCUGGAGGUUCUGGAUUCAGAGGUGGACACAUACUGGAGCUUUUGCUGUUACAUGGAAAAAUUUUCAAGAGACUUCUGUGCUGAUGGCCUGCACCGCAAAAUUGAAUUGGAGGCAGCUUUGCUAAAGGAGUUGGACCCUCAUCUUCAUGCUCAUCUUGUAACAGAUAAUAUGGACAGACUGACAUUCUGUCACAGGUGGCUGCUGCUGGGUUUCCAGCGCGAGUUUGAGCACAGUGAUGCUCUCCGGCUGUUUGAGAUUCUCAGCUGUGAUCAUCUGGAGCUCAUUUCCCAGCAGGUGGACCGGGCACGCUACCAGGAGAGACUGGCCUACAAACACAGCCUUCAGGAUGAGCCAGUGACAGGACCUAAGUCCAUUAACAGAGAGUUCACGUUUGAGCUCUUCAUCUGUGCCACCAUUCUGCUGGAGAACAGAGAUUCACUGCUCAGCUGCAGAAAUGAGGUCCAGCUCCUGCAGUUCACAAACAGUCUGCAGGGGACUCUGGAUUUGAACAGCAGCCUGAAGAAAGCUGAGGAGCAUUUCUACAAUUACUGUAAGCGCUCAGCCAGGGAUUGCCUGAGUGAGCGCUACCGGAGACACAAGAGCAAAGAGGAGCCCUUCCUCUACCAGCUACGCAACCUGUUCUCCUGAGCUAAAGGAGGAUUUUCUGGACAUUUCUGGAAGAGGCUAGUUAAAAUGACUGAUAACUGAAAGGUAGUUUGUUCUGUCAGGUUUGAAUUUCUGGGCCUUUCUGAGGAAGGAAGUUUGUUGUAGUGACAGAUAUGUUAACAUGGCUUUAAACUGAAUAAUGCUGCUUAGAAAAGUGACUGGUUUAUUGAGAAAGUGAUCAUUCAAUCUUCUGUAGCAUAAGGAAUAUUGAGAUGAAUGUCUCCUUUUCUUGUUGAAAAUGUAUAUGUAUUAGUCUGAUACAGUGGCCCCUAAUCCCAGUCCUGGUGAGUCUACACAGUAAAAUCCCCAGUAUUAAAUGAACACUUACAGUUAUUUUAACACAGCGGUCUUUGGUGUGCUGUGACUAGCAGAUUUUUGUGUUCUGUGUGCUCUAUGCUCUAACACACAUUAUGCAUUAGUCACACAAAACAAAAAGGCUGACACUUUGGGUACUGCAGAUGCAUGAAUGUCCUAGAAUUUAGAUUGUGAACCACUGAUCUGUUAUCUGUAGGUUAUGGUCCAAGCACCACCCCAAACACCAAAGGCCUGAUUUGCACAAUGUAAGCAUGUAGCAGGUAAAAAAUAUUUUGUUGUUACAAAAUGCAGAGGAAACAUUUCAGAUACAAGCUGUAUUUAGCUACAUAAAGGCAUCGGUAAAUAAUUAGCUAUUUAAGGUAGUCAGUGAAAUCCAGUUAAAAUUUAGCAUUUGAUAAUUCACUAUUGUGAUUUUUGUUAUAAAAAUAAUUUGUCAGGGAUGGGGGACUGGAGGUUAUCGCACUGUUUUUUUACUUUUAUUUUAUUUAUUAAUUUUUUUAAUAAAAUAGUACAAUGUUAAAUAAUUUUUAAACAUGAACUUUAAUAUUCAGUUGAUUUAAGAAAAUUAAUUUUUAAUUUUUAAAAUUCUAUUACAGGAUUAUGCCCAGGUAAUGUUGAGUUGAGGUUGACUAGGUGGAAUAAGUGUAAAAAUGGGGGGGUUAAAUAAUAAUAAUAAUAAUAAUAAUAAUAAUAAUAAUAAUAAUAAUAAUUACUUUCACACAGAGUCCAAGUGUCCUCAUCUUGUUUUGUGUCCAUUGUGGCAGUUUGUGUCCGUUUCCAUAAAUACUGUAUAUACUGCUUAUAACGGGUAUUUUAAAAAUAGAAUUAACAUCUGUAUUUCUAUAAAAGAUAUCAAAAGAGAUGUCAUGGGUUAAUAGAACAUCCACUGCUAAAUAUAAAACAUAUAGUAUUUGGAUUAUAUUAAACAUUAGUAUUUGGAUUGUUUUGAAGAAUAUACACUACACAGAUUUGUUCUGAAGGUUUAGGCCAGACCCCUGUGUCUAUAUUAGAGUUUGGUACUGAAAAUCUGCUGCUGCUUGACUUCUGAGUCAGAUUAGAUCAGUAUGCACUAAUAGAAACACACAUAUAUACAUAGAGUUGAUGUUGUUCUCAGUAGAAACUUAUGUGUAAGAUGACCAGUGCACUGCUGCUUCUAGAAGAGCCUCUGUGGCGAAUCACAGUCAAUAGUUAGCAAUGCUCAAGUGUCAGUGUGUCAGAAAUGGACGUCCCACUGGGACUUUGUCUUUUUUUGGAAGGUGUGUCCUGCUGAAACAACCUGCUGCUCAACAUGAUGUAAAGGAAAUUGGAAAAUUCCUUUUUCGAAAGCUAGAGAAAGAGCUUUUUUUAAAUAAGUUUGUCAAGUUUCAACACAUAAACAAAGCGUCCUUGUGUGACGGUGUUGGGGGUGUUGUGAGGGAAUGGGAGUGUCAUUUGUGUUUUAUUUUAAGAUUACUGUGACAUUUAAGUAACCUUAGCCAUGUGAGUCACUGAAUCAUUGAAUAAGCCUCAUAGUGUAAGUUUUUUUCUGUACUGAAAUGAAUAAACUGAGUGUUAUAUGCAUUUUUAUCUGGUCCUCUUCUUUUUUUUUUUUACUAAACUCAAACAAGUUUCAGUUUCAGAGGUUCAGUGGUUCUGAGCUUAUCACUUCUGAGCAAACCCUUAUCUAGCCUCCUGCAGCCGAGCAAGUCAACUAAGCUGAAUGAUACCUUAAUGUUUAAAAGAAGACUUAAAAAUAUAAAAAUAUACAUAACACUCCAUCCACACACAUUAUUAAGAACUUUGAAUGAGAUGUAUCUGGUCAAAAUGCAUUCAAACAACACUCAGAGCAUUAUUCCUGCAUUAGUAUUAGCAGUGGAUUAUGAUCUGCGAGUAUGUUGCAGACACUUGGCCUGAGCAGAACACAUGAGCAGUGCAGUCUGGAACUUUCUCUGUGUGGUGGGAUCAGGUGACUGAGCGCUGGAAUCUCUCUGGCUGCUGUGGCUAUAUACACAGAAGCGUCUGGAGCCUCGGUCUCUGAUUCCAGCGGGACAAGAGUGUGAACAGGUCAGCAGUGUUGAGGCAGGGCUAAAGCCAACCUACAUAUUCCAUACAGUUAUCUCUGAAGUUUCCAGGAAAG